ACACUAGACUUUAAAAUAAAAAAUACUAAAAUAUUUGUAAUAGAUAAUGCUAAAAUAAUUAAUGAUGAUUGAACAUUAAAAUUAAGGUUAAGGUUACAUAGGAUGAUGAUAGGUGACACGUCCUCUGGAUUUGGAUCUUUGCGUGUUGUUGAUUGAUUACUUAUACUUACUAUUUAUUUAUUUGUUAAUUAAGUGAGAACUCAUUGUUGCAUACAUUUUCUUCGGAUCAUUGUCAUAGUUGCAUUUGCAUGCUUAUCUAAAAAUAUAUUUUAGUACAAUAAUUACGAUAUUAAUAAUAUUAAUAUGACUUAGUAUAAUCCAUUGAAUUAAAAGCCACUAUACUAUGUGCUUUGUUUUGUUUUGUUUUAUUUGAGUAUCAGAGAGAGAGAAAGAGAUUGGGUUGAAUUUUGGAGAGAUUGAGAAAUGGCAUCCGCAAUUGUUCGUAGGAACAUCACCAACAACUUGAAAAGGUUGCCGUUAUUGUCUUCUUCUUGUUGGGGUUUCAACAACCAUAAUAAUAAUCAUUUGUUGAAUGUUGUUGAAGAACAACAUGGUGGUGGUAGUGGUAGCGUUUCCUUUCACGCAGAAGCUGGUGGUGUUGGAUUGCCAUCUUACAUGCGUGGAGCUGUUUAUUGGGAACCCAACAAACCUCUCACCAUUGAAGAAUUUCACAUUCCUCGCCCCAAAGCUGGUGAACUUCUCAUCAAAACCAAAGGAUGUGGAGUAUGCCACUCUGAUCUUCAUGUCAUGAAAGGUGAAAUUCCGUUUUCCAGUCCUUGUGUUGUGGGGCAUGAGAUUACUGGUGAAGUUGUUGAACAUGGACAACACACCGAUGCCAAAACCAUAGAAAGGCUUCCGAUUGGAUCUCGAGUUGUUGGGGCCUUCAUCAUGCCUUGUGGCAACUGUAACUAUUGUUCAAAGGGCCAUGAUGAUCUAUGCGAAGCCUUUUUUGCUUAUAAUCGAGCACAUGGAACCCUCUAUGAUGGUGAAACUCGACUAUUUCUUCGAAGCAGUGGAAAACCGGUAUUCAUGUAUAGUAUGGGAGGGCUUGCUGAAUACUGCGUUGUGCCGGCAAAUGCAUUGGCUGUAUUACCAAGCUCAAUGCCAUAUACCGAGUCUGCAAUUUUAGGAUGUGCUGUUUUUACUGCUUAUGGUGCUAUGGCUCAUGCAGCUGAAGUUCGCCCGGGCGAUACUGUUGCUGUUAUUGGAACUGGGGGUGUUGGUUCUAGUUGUUUGCAGAUAGCUAGAGCAUUUGGUGCCUCAGAUAUAAUUGCUGUCGAUAUUCAGGAUGAUAAGCUAGAGAAAGCAAAGACACUUGGUGCAACUCACACAAUAAAUUCGGCAAAGGAAGAUCCCGUUGAAAAGAUACUUGAAAUUACUGGUGGAAAGGGUGUUGACGUUGCUGUGGAAGCCUUGGGGAGACCACAGACAUUUGCUCAGUGCACACAAAGUGUGAAGGAUGGAGGAAGAGCCGUGAUGAUUGGACUAGCAAAAGCUGGUUCUUUAGGAGAGGUGGAUAUAAAUAGACUUGUUCGCAGAAAGAUAAAAGUUAUUGGUUCAUAUGGAGGCAGGGCUAGGCAAGAUCUUCCAAAGUUAAUUAGAUUGGCAGAAACAGGUAUCUUUGACCUUGGCCAUGCUGUUUCAAGAAAAUACACUUUUGAGGAGUCUGGCAAAGCAUUCCAGGAUCUCAACGAAGGAAAUAUCAUUGGUCGAGCUGUAAUUGAGAUAGUAUAGCUCUACACGACCUUUGAGCAAUGGCAACUAUGUCUCUGUCUAACACAUUGGAGUGGAAAAGGUGUUGGUGUCCUGAGAACACAUAUAGGUGUCUUGUGUUAUCUGUCCUGAUAAAAUAACUGAUUGUAAGGACAUUUUCAAAUAAAAACUUAUUUUUGUGUCA